GGAAGAUUUCUGGAACAGAGCUGUAACGUUAUUUACCAUUUUAUUUAUACAAAAGGGUAAAAUAUGUUUCUUGUAGUUUUAUUGUCUGUAAUUGUUAUUAAUACCACCAGGUAGUCACAGGGCGAGUAAACAGUAUUGAGAUGAAUUGACUGGUCUCAUACCUUGUUUACUUUGUCCAAGCAACAUUACAUGACAACGCUGGUGAAAAUGCCCCUCUUUGGGAAUACCUUCAGCCCGAAGAAGACUCCUCCUCGCAAAUCUGCUUCUCUUUCCAAUCUGCACACAUUGGACCGCUCAACGAGGGAAAUAGAACUUGGUCUUGAGUACGGAGCACCUGCAAUGACCAUUGGGGGCCAGAGCUUGAAGUUUGAAGAUGGACAGUGGAUUGCCGAGUCUGGGGGCAAUGUUUCUGGCAAAGACGUUCAGAGGCUAAAGAAGAGGAAUUUGCAACUGGAAGAGGAGAACAACCUUCUAAAGCUUAAGAUUGACCUCCUGCUGGACAUGUUGUCAGAAACAACAGCAGAAUCCCACCUGAUGGAGAAAGAACUGGAGGAAGUGAAGAAUCAUCAACGUAGGGCAAAGUGACCAUUCAGAACAAGAGAUACAUGGCGAUAAAUGAGGAAGCAGGGGAAAAGGGAUCCUAAUGCAAGAAGAAGAUGGCUGAUAACAUGACGAUGUUGGAAGAGUAAUUGUAGGGACCAAGUAUAUGUUCUGUUUGAUUCAUCUGUCAUCAUUAACUGUAUGGAAUGUUUUAGUUAUUUGAAAAAGUCCAAUCUUCUGCCGAUCUAAAGUCAAAACAAGCAACUAUGGAAGAGAUUUUGAUGAUGUAUGGUGUCUGGGUUUCAAUUCACCCUGUUGUUUGAGUGAGGUCUUUUAUAUUUAUAUUUUAUACUUUAUUAAAUGAGCUGGCUGUGAUUGAUUGUUUGCCUCUGGCUUAAACUGCUGCAAUGUCCUCAAUCUCUCAUUCCAAAUGAAUCAAACGUCUCUGCUACAAUCUAUAGACGAAAGUUUUCCUGUGCCUUCCAAUUAGUAUCUCAAUUUGACAGCAACUACCAAGACCAACGUUCUGCAUGCAGUCUGAUGGUUUUUGCCUCUUUUCUUUUGAAUUAACAUUUAUCUUUGGUGCUGAGGCAAAGUAGACAUUUUAAGAUAACACAUUACACGAAUCAAGAAAGUUAGUUACCAGAAAAGGGUAGUCAACAGAUCUAAUGAUUUUUUUUUAAUCGCUAGUGACAAUGCGGCACCAAUCUGCCGCAGAUCUGAAUUAACGUAAAUUGAGUAUGGCAGUGAAAUGCACAUACAAAAAAACAACAUACAUCGUCAAAUGUCGCUGAUAUCAUUAUGUAUUUUUGUCUUGUUAGAAUGACAUCAUUUUAACUGCGAUGACGAUUAAACUCACAAGUCUGGAAAUCGCCUACAGUUGGUUCGUACUAUCAUUGGUUGAUUAUUGCAUCAGUUCUCAGUGCACCGCCUCUCACGCAGGAAGCGUCGGGUGUGUAGGAUUGUGUUUAACAGGCUACAGUAGCCUAGCUAGUCCUACACUCAUCCGAAGCAGGAGGAAGGAGACGACAUAGGCCUUUUCUUUUGGCUAAAUAUCAGACCUUCUGUUUCACUUGUAAAAAACCUGAACAUUUGUUUCAUACAGUUUUAAGAUUUGUUUUUCCAACUACUCUUCAACAUGCCAAGAGGCGG